AUGCAAGAAAUCAUUGAUCAAUUUGCUAUUGAUAAAGAAAAGAUGGAAAUUAUUGUUUCUAAACUCUUAGAAGAGAUGGAAAAUGGACUUCAAGACAAACCAAGUACUCUUCAAAUGCUUCCAACGUAUGCUCCUAUUCCUACUGGAAAAGAAGUUGGUACUUUUAUGGGUAUUGAUGUUGGUGGAACUAAUCUUAGAGUCUUAUUAUUAGAAAUCCCUGAACCUGGUGUUCGUGGAGAACUUAAAUCAGUUGAAUGUAUUAUGCCAAAAACAUCAACAACCGUUGAUCAAUUCUUUGGGUUUAUUGCUCAAAAGAUUAAAGAAUUUGUUGAAAAUAACAAUUUAAAAGAAAAAGAAAUUAAAGCUGGAUUAACAUUUUCUUUUGCUGUUGAACAAAUUGCUAUAGACAAAGGAAUUCAACAAUCAUGGUCAAAAGGAUGGGAUGUUAAGGAGUCUAUUGGAAAAGACAUUGUUGAAAUUUUCCAUAACCAACUUGCAAAAAUCAAUGUUAACAAUAUUAGAAUAGUUGCAUUUAUCAAUGAUACAGUAGGAACAUUUGCCAAUCUUGCAUAUGAUGAUGCAUCAUGUGGUAUGGGACUUAUUUUUGGUACAGGAACUAAUGGAUGUUAUAUUGAGAAAACAUCAAAUUUUGCUGCUUCUAAAUUGAAAUCAGUUUAUAAAGAAGAUUAUAUGAUUGUUAACACCGAAUGGGGAGGAUUACAAUUUCCAGAACUUGGACUCAACAGAUUUGAUGAUAUGAUUAAUGAUGUUAGCGUUAAUAAAGACCAACAACGAUAUGAAAAGAUGAUUUCAGGUAUUUACAUGGGAUGGUUAGCAAGAUUAGCUAUUAGAGAAUUAAUUGAGAAAAAAGUUAUUUUUGAACGAUAUGCUGAUGCUGAAGUUUUUUCUAAUUCACCAGAUGACACUCAAUUUAAUGAUAAAAAGAAAUAUUCAUCAAGACAUACUGAAAUAGUUGAAGACACUUCUCCUGAACUUUCUCGUGUUGACACCAUUUUAAAGUCACUUGGAGUUAAUGACUCUACUUUAGAAGAAAGAAAGAUCCUUAAGGCUAUAACUGAGGCAGUUGUUAAAAGAGCUGCUUAUCUUUCUGCAGCUGCAACAGUUGCCUUAUACCGUAAGAUGGUUCCAUAUAUGAAAGAAAGAACUACUGCUGGUAUUGAUGGUACUGUUUAUGAAAAGUCUGUUCCAUUUAAGAGAUUCUAUCUUGAAGCAAUCCGUCUUUUACAACCAAAAGAAAACUUUACUUGUCAGUUAUCUAAAGAUGGAUCUGGACUUGGUGCUGUCAUUGUUGCUGCUGCUGUUGCAUGUAAACACUAAUUGACAACUU